UUGAAGUUUGAAAGAAGACGCAAGACGUUAGCCGAGAUAGGAUCUUUCCCCCGGUCCGCGCUCACCACCACCCCUUCAAGCUUCACUCAGUCUCAGGUAGACUGCACCCUGGUCUGCGCUUGCCUUUUUUUCGCAACACGACAUUGUCUCUCCCUGCGCUGGAAUCCGAAACACGCCAAUCACUAGCACUGCCAGCGUGUUGACACUUGUUACUGGUUCACUCCUCUGGAGCAUCAUAUUCAGCUCUCCUCCCACUCACACAGCUAUCAGCGCCUCAUUCGUCAUUCAAACCAUUCCUCAGCCGUAGGACUUCACUGUUGGAUUCGUAGCCCUACUAGGGCCCUCCAUUCGUUUCUGCUCCAGACUAAGAAAUCAUGGGUGCAUGCAUGUCAACAGGGGGGAUGGUGGAUGUCUCGGAUGAUGAUAAGCGGAGGCAUAGAGAAGCAGAGAAAUAUCUCAAGGAGGCCAGGGCCAAGAUGACUUCCCAGGUCAAAGUUCUUCUCCUAGGGUCUGGCGACUCAGGAAAAUCGACAGUUCUUAAGCAAAUGCGACUGAUCCAUCGGGUACCAUUCUCAGCAGCAGAAAUUGAGACUUAUCGUCAACUAGUGUUCAACAACCUAACGACGGGCAUGAAUUACGUGUUUGAGGCUAUGGAGGACAUGGAGCUCGAAAUUGCGGAGGAGAACCUACCACACGUGGAACUCAUUCAGAAUGCCAGGGAUAUCCGUGAACAAGAGCCUUUUCCUAUGUCAUACUAUGAGCCCUUGAGAGAUCUUUGGGCUGACGGCGGGGUCCAACAGGCAUAUAGCAGAGGGAACGAGGCUGCUCUUCCUGAAAACUUGUCAUACUUUUUCUCCUCGCUGGACAGAUUAUUCGACCCAUCAUAUCACCCAUCCGAACAAGAUAUCGUCCAGUGCCGAGCUCGCACUAUCGGAAUAACCGAGACAACUUUCCAUCUCAAAGACCACGAAAUGCUUAUGGUCGACGUCGGUGGUCAGAAGAGCGAGCGGAGAAAAUGGAUUCAUUGUUUCCAGGAUGUCACCAGCAUUCUAUUUCUGGUCAGUCUAAGUGGGUAUGACCAAUGCCUUGUCGAAGAUCGGGAUGCGAACCAAAUGCAAGACGCUAUGACAAUAUGGGACUCGAUAUGCCAUUCGCAAUGGUUCAAGCAGACAUCGAUAAUUCUCUUUCUGAACAAGGAUGACCUCUUCCAAAAGAAGAUCCUCAACUCUAACAUUAAAAAUUUCUUCCCGGAUUACGAGGGUGAAGCAGGGGAUGCAAAAGCUGGACGAGAUUACUUCCGGCGACGUUUCACGCGGCUCGCUCACAAAGCUGGACGUUCUAAAGAACGCGAAAUCUACAUCCAUGUAACAACUGCAACUGAUACGGAAAUGUUGAGAGUAGUGAUGGCCGCUGUCGAAGAGUAAGUUCCUCCUUCUAUUGAUCCUUCCCUACCCGCCAGUGAUGUCGUCCAACCGUACGCUCAUCCAUUUCCCACCAUUCUUCCCUUUUCUCUCAUAGCAUCGUUCUUCGAUCCAAUCUCCAAAUCGCGGCGCUAAUUUGAUGUUUCUUUUUUUGCUCUUCAUCUUAUGAUUUAUCCAUGUGAUCAUCAACGUUCGCAUCUCGCUAUCGUGCUCCAAAACAUAUUGCUAUCGCCGGGACACAAUCUUGCAUACUCAACGUUAAUUUUCCUCUACAAUCUUACCGUUGCAACCAAUCUCUCCUCUAUCUGCUGGUCAAUCACGUUAUCGUCCGAUUCUGUGGGCUUCUUUUACGUUGUUCGAAAA